AGAUGAAGAAGCGGCCAUUAUCAUUAUGCCAUAUAUACCCAUACUUCAUGUCUUUUAAAUGAUACUUCUGCAAUGCAUUGAACAGUCAACUUAUUAAAGGACUGAUGUAGCGUAACUAUUGUAUGACUGUUACAUUAUGCACCAUCUCCACUAAUGAUGUCACAAAACUAUGUAAAAAAAAGGAAAUUGCAGUAUGCAUAUGUUACCCAUGUCAAUGGCAGAAAAAAGACUGUAAAAAAAUCAUACAAACCAGAAGAAAUACCUUGUAUUAAAGAAUCUCUUCCCUCGACCCUUCCUUCCACACCAGUUAUUGAAGAAGAAAGAAUAGAAGUUUCAGAUGAAAACAUCAACAUAAACAAGUAUGCAAAAGCCAAACAUCAGAGAAUAAGUAACUGGACAGAAACCUACAACAAACUUGUGUCCUAUGCUAAAGAAAAAGAAGCUGUUAACACAUUGAACUGCCAUGAUUGUGGAAUCAGAUGUGAGGACCUGUAUCGUUGCAUUGAUUGCAUAUCAUGGCCAGUAAUUUGUGGAAGUUGUUUGGAUUUACGACAUCAGCAUCCACAUUUACACGUUUUUGAAAAAUGGAUGCAUGGAGCAUUUAUUGGAUAUGCACCGCCAACUUUGCCUUGGAAGGGGAAACAGCACCAACUAUGUACAACAUCGUAUUUGAAAGAAAUAGUGGUAAUUGAUGAUAAAGGCAGACAACACCUUAGAACAAUCCAAUUUUGUUCAUGUGAAGAUGAAGCAGUGACAUUGUUGUCAUACAAUCUUUGGCCUGCCUCACCAAAAACACCACAUUUGGCAUUUCAUAUGGACCUUCUCCGUUGGCUUAAUGGAUUAUUGCUUGAAUGCCAUGUGUCUGUAAAAGGAUUUUGUGAAGCUUUAAAGGCCAGACAGCCCAAAUUAUACAAGAUGCUAGUGACAAAAGAGGGUAAAGAAAUAUACAAAAGUUUAAUGGCGGAAACAAUCCAUCACUUUCGACAAUAUGUCUAUCAAAUGGAUUACAUGACAGAUUAUUAUCCAGAUCUUGAUGAUGGUUGUAAUUGCCCAGCAUGCUUUGAGGCUGAAACAAGUAUUUUUUGUUUUGAUGCUGACUUCCAGUUGGUUCGAAAGUCAUCAUCAGGAUACAACUGGAUUGCACCAAAACAUGAAGAUAGGUUUUUCGUCCAGCAGAAGCUAGUCGAUGAUUUUAUUAAGGAUUAUAACACUCCAAAAAUUGAAAAGGACUGCAGUGACUUCCAAGCUGGAAACGACAUAAGAUCAAAAGCAAAGAACAACAAAUUGUCUGAAACUGCAGUGUUUGGAGCCACCUGCAGACAUGAUUUCCCCCAAAAGUUUUUUAGUUUAAAACAUGGUGAAAAACUUGGGUAUGCUGUUUUUUUAUUAGAACUUUUACUAAAAAAGAACUCUGACAGACAAAUGCACAUAUCUUACGAUAUUGCAUGUUUAUUGAAAAAACAUCUUGAGAAAGCUGGCAGAAAUGAUUUGCUGGAGAAAUUAACUUUUUCAGUUCCAAUUUUCCACUGCUAUGGACACAGCAUUUCAUGUCAAAUUUUGUUAGGCCCUAGAAGGACAGAAAACCAUGGUCUAACAGAUGGGGAAGGAAUUGAACGUUUGUGGUCCUAUUUGGGUGGUUUUUCCACUAUUACUAAAGAGAUGACACCGGAAAACAGAACUGACCUAUUAACAGAUGGCCUUAUUUACUUUGGUCAGAAAAUAAGAGAUAAAAUCGGUGACACAUUGGUAAUGAAGAUCAAAAGAACAGCAAAAAUUGAAGAAAACAGUGAUGGGGCCCUUCAGGAGAUUAUUUCUACUAUUCCUGAUAAAGUUAUUGGAAAUGAUGAAAUUAGCAAAUGGAUUGAGGAGGAAAAAUUGUCAGUGGUACAAAAUCAUAACAAUGAUACCACAAUUGUUUUGAACAAAACAGACGACUAUUUUCUUACUCUUCAAAGAUAUAAUAGUAGUGGAUCUGAACAAUUAGAUGAGAAGGCUUUGGAUGUAAAAAGAAGACUAGAGAAAACAUUAUCAGCAUUUGAGAGAAAACACAAAACCUCCAGAUUACCUUCAAAUGCUGCUAAUUAUCUAAAGAGUAUCAGAUUGGUCAAAUUAAAGCAAAAGAAACUACAGCUAGUUACUGUUAAAAAACAUGUUGCAGAGAGGCACUAUUUACUGAAGUUAUUGCACAAAUAUUGUAAAGGACAGGCAGUGUUCAAUAAACUCUCAAAGCAGAUGAAAUGUGUGUCCAAAAAAAUUCACAAGGCCAUUGAUGCUUACAAUAUGAUUGGGGAUUCCUCUGAUGGCUUACCAGAAAAUAUCAGUUUUGAUAGUAUCAAAGAUAUUGACAGUGAAAUAUAUAAUUUCAUGAAAGAUUUUGAGGUUGUCUCAGACAUUCCUCAAUCUAUCAAACAGGAAAUUAUUCAGCUUAAAUGCUUAAAAGAUAGAUGCAUUGAAGAGCAAAGAUUUCUUAAACAAGAAAUGAUAUCUGUAAUUAAAUGGUGCAAACAUCAGUACUUAAAAGUUAAAGAAAAGUUAGGAGAAUGUCCAACUUCAGGAGGUACUGCGUUUUUGAUAAAAGAAGCAAUGUAUUAUGAAAUGAUGAUAUGUAGGUUAAACAAUCAAUUUUCAGAAUACAUUGGGGACAUGUCGGUUGACAUUGUGUUUACAAAUGGUGUUUUGGCUGAUAACUAUGAAAAAAUGCAACAGAUGUUGAGAAAUGUAGCUUUGAUGGAAGAUUUGAUAGUAGAAGACGUUGAAAGUGAUUAUGAGGAAGAGAGUGGUGAAGAAUAUAUUGAAGACUUAUAAAUUUAUAUAUGAUUAUUAUAUUAGCUGUUCCAAAUUGAUUGAUUAUGUAAAAAUGAUUUCAGACAUCAAUGUGUUCUAGGAUUUCAACAGAAAGUUAUGUUUAUAUAUGUUUAUUAAUAUUCUAUCAUCUUUGUCAAAAAAAAUGUUUAUCUAAUUCUGGAAAAUCAUGUCAAGGUAUCAACAUAGCAUUGUUGAAAUAUUAUCAACUUUGAGAAAAAUUUUGAACAAAAUUCAAGAUGCUUGUAAAAUCC